AUGUGGAGGGGGCGCUGUUCUCUGGGAGGGCGGCCUGGGGCGUCGCUGCUGCUGCUGCUGCUUGUGGGGCUGGCGGCGAGCGCGCGGGCCAGCGGCGAGUAUUGCCACGGCUGGCAGGACGGAGCGACUUGGCGCGACGGCUUCCAGUGCCCGGAGCACUUCGACGACGGCGACGCCACCAUCUGCUGCGGCACGUGCGCCCUUCGCUACUGCUGCUCCCGCCCGGAGGCUCGCCUGGACCAGGGCGUCUGCGACAACGACCGGCAGCAAGGGGGAGCCGAGCACGGCCGGCCCGACAAGGACAUCCCCGACGGCGCAGCAGUGCCUAUCUACGUGCCCUUCCUUAUCGUGGGCUCUGUUUUCGUGGCGUUCAUCAUCUUGGGGUCCCUCGUAGCAGCUUGCUGCUGCCGCUGCCUGCGCCCCAAGCAAGAGCCCCAGCAGAGCCGGCCUCCUGGAGGCAACCGGAUAAUGGAGACUAUUCCCAUGAUCCCAAGUGCCAGCACCUCCCGCGGAUCCUCGUCACGUCAAUCAAGCACCGCUGCCAGCUCCAGCUCCAGUGCCAACUCAGGUGCCAGGCCUCCCCCUACCAGGUCGCAAACCAACUGCUGUUUACCAGAAGGGACCAUGAAUAAUGUAUACGUCAACAUGCCUACUAAUUUCUCAGUACUGAACUGCCAGCAGGCUACGCAGAUAGUGCCUCACCAAGGCCAGUAUUUGCACCCACAGUAUGUGGGUUACGCUGUACCGCACGACUCUAUGCCCAUGGCCCCUGUGCCCCCUUUCCUUGACGGCCUGCAAAGUGGAUACAGACCAAUUCAGUCUCCUUAUCCCCACAGCAAUAGCGAACAGAAGAUGUACCCAGCAGUGACUGUGUAGCUCGAAGGAGGGAAGAAACAUCAACAGACACCCAAGCAAAAAAAGAAAUAAAAUAAAAAUAUUGCCGCAACAGACUGUGAGCAGAGGAAAGGAACGCUUUUGGAAAGAAGCCUGCCGAACUUCAUUUGUAAAUAAUUUUGGAAGGCUCAUGCAUGUCGGGACAGUAUUUAUAGACGGUUUUCUUUUCGUUCAGUUCAGUUGCCAAAAGAACUGUAUGAGGAUACCUUUGAUUUAACAUUUCCAGAUAAUGCUUCCAUUCCAGUGCAUGAUUUACAGGGGCAAAGGAUUAUGCUGAAGAGGCAUCUACAUUUCGGUUAGACAAGUGUGUGUGUGUGUGUGUGUGUGUGUGUGUGUGUGAGUGAUUAAAUGCCUGAGCUACUAAGUGCCCUUGAAGGUGCUACACAGUCAAUGGUAUUUACCUAGUGAAUAGAAAACCAGCUUGUUACAUGGUAUGAAAUAAUUGUUUUAGAAGUGUCUUUCCCCCAGAGUUUUAACUACCCUUCGUAUUGCUGUUCCGACAAUCACACUGACGACAGAAGGAUGAACAGUGCAAUCCUGGUUAGUUACAUAGUCCUAGAAGUUUGACUUGAAAUUACAGGGAGGGACCAUAGCUCAGUGGUAGGGCGCAUGCUUGGCAUGCAGAAGGUCCCGUGUUUAAACCCUCGCAUAUCCAAUUGUUCUUGUUGUUUUUUUAAAAAAGCAGGGAUAGUUGUCCUGAGGUCCCCCAGUUGUCUCUAGACUCCCAACUCCCAUCAGCAUGGCCAGUGGUCAGGGAUUAUGGGAGUUGCAGUCCAGCAACAUCUGGAGAGCCUCCCCAUCCCUAUUAAAGGACCAGGCAGCAGGUGAAGGAAGGACCCUCUACCUGAUAGCCUGCAAUCAGGGUAGACAGCACUGGGCUAGGUGGACAAACAGCUGUGGCUUCAUAUAAGACGGCUUUCUGUGUUCCUAGUAUCUUAUCUACACCCUUUGCCAUAUCGCACACUGCUUUUGAAAGCCUGCUUUUGCAUCGUGAAACAGUUGGCCAUGUGGUAUUAGUAAGGGAGCUGUUUGAGAAGCUCAAGCCCAGAAGCCAUUCAGGUGUGUGGAUGUAGCUACAUACUUCUUUGGAUCCUGGUGAUGCUCAGGAGCUGAGCAUUUUGCAGACGUGUGGCUUACCUCAGCGAUUUUCAAAGCAGAAGAGAAUGUGAAGGGUUCGCUUUUAUUCCAGCUGAAGUACCCACAAUAGCUUCAGUACCCGUUUUCUUUGCGCAUGCCAACAAAAGUGUAGCUGCAUUUGUUUGCAAACGCCACUUGCAAUGCUCAAAAAACGCCUUUGGAAUUUGGGCAUUGGUGGCGUGAGAUUAAGUGGGUUGCAGCCAAGACGUUUUUCCCAGCAUGGCUCCGUGUCUCUAUUUCCAGUUCAAUGGACAGAUCCUGGUGCCUUGGACCACAUGGAAAUGAGAUUCGUAUCUGACGCAGAUAGAAGUGGUCAGCCCAAACAACAGAGCAGGGAAAGACUUGCAGAGGUAGAAAAGGUGGCUCCCUGGAAAACCUCUUUUUGUCGAAGUACAGAGAAUUCCCCGGUUGCACGGGAUUUGCUCUCUGGGUCAUUGCAUGCUUGCACAAAAUCGUGCACAAUUGGAGCACCCAUUGAAAAAGUCUGCAAACACCCUGUGCUCCCCCCCGCCCCUUUCCACCCACCCCUUUUUGUGACGUUUUUGAAUCCCUUCCUGGUUCAGCGCGAUACGUGUGCAUGUGGUCAUGCACAUAUCAGACACACCUAAUCACCAGUUGCUGCCUGUAAAAGUAUUAGAAGCGUGACAUCACCACACAUUUCCGUUGUGUACAGAUUCAUUCAUUAGCGAAAUAAUUCCGCAUGAUGUAAAGGUCUUUGGGUGGCUCAAGGGAUGAUAUUGCACUAAACCGGGUUCAUUUAAUCUUUAUCAGCAGCUAAGUUUCUGGCAGUCGUUAUAAAAGAAGCAGAAGGUCUGUGUUAAUUGUUAAUGUAUUUCGUGCUUCAGAAAUCCAGGAUUUGCUUUCUCGUUAAAAAACCACACCA